AUGAUUCUACUGCUAUUUCUGGGUGUUUGCACCAUUUUGGCGCCAAAAAUCGAAGGUCAAACAAUGACGAAAGCAAUUAUCGAUUUUUGCGAUCCACAAGAUGUGCAAAGUUGCGGAAUUGGUGGGCGAUGUGUUAGGCUAAGUCUGGGAAAUCGUUGUGAAUGUCCCAGCGGUUUCAUGGGCAGGAAAUGUAAAAGUAGGUUAAAGGGAGGUACCGUACUCCUGCUACAGUACCCUCGCUUCAGGACCCUGUCAAGACGUCUACAAAUCGUGCAAACGUUGGAAAUCUGAGGACCGUUGUAGUUGGACCCGCCCGAUUUCGCCAUUUUUCGCGGAUAAUUGCGCCAAGUCUUGUGGGCAGUGUAGAUCAAAUGGGAAAGGUGGGAUUCUAGGCCAUUUUUGGUUUUCUAGGCCAUGCGAUUCUGACCAUUUUGAGUCCAAACAAGGCCUAGUGGCCUAGAAAUUCAAUUAUUGGAUUUCUAGGCCAUGUUUAGGCUCAAAAUGAUCAGAAUUUCAAGGAAAUUUUGGAUUUCUAGGCCACCAGAAACCUAGGCCAUGUUUAGACUCAAAAUGAUCAGAACUUCAUGGCCUAGAAAACCAAAUAUGAAUUUUCUAGGCCACCAGGCCGCCAGGCCAUGUUUAGACUCAAAAAAAGCCCAUUUUUUCCUCAGAACUCGCGUUGGCUCUCCCACCAAUUCUAGACAACAUCGAAUGGUUUGUGGGCCGCUGGGAGUCGCGCACAAUGGCUCCAAAUCGCUUCCCCGAGCCCAUGUCCGGGCCGUACAAGGAGAUUUUGGAUGUUCAAAUUUCCGAUGUCCCCGCUUUCGAUAGACCGCCAGUGAAUAUUUCGUGAGUUUUUUGGGCUCAGGGCUUCAAAAUGAGCCCGAAUGAGCCCGAAUAAGCCUAGAGGGCUUUAAGGGCUUUAAAAAGAGCCCGAAUAAGCCUAGGCCUUAUUUGGGCUCAAAAAAUCCGGAUUUUUUCAAUGGUCCCUGAAUUUUUUUCCCGCCAAAAAAAAGAGUUCCUUUGAAAAAACAACACACAAAAAUCGUAUUGUUCACGGACAACUUAAGCUAACUCCUGAAAAAAUAUGUGAAGGGAUUAUUUUUGCGUUGUUUUUUUUUUUCUCGCUUUUUUUGGCGCCAAAAAUCGUAGGAAUUUCGAAGUACUGUAGGUGAAAAAAAAUCUGGUAGGUCAAAAUUUGAAUUAAAAAAAAAGGUACUGUAGUUUUGGAGUACUGUAGACAAUUUUAUUUUAUUCGAAAAUCUACAGUAAUCCAUUUUGGAAUUGAUUUUUGAGCUACAGUACUCUUUUGAUCUACAAGAACAUUUUUUGAAAAUCACAAAAAAAGUACAGUAAUCUAUCAGAGCUACAGUAUCCAUAGACUACAGUAAUCCAGAAUGAGCUAGGCUUGGUACAGUACCCCAAAGCAUAACUACAGUACUCCAAAAAUUCAAAAAUGUUUGAUCUACAGUAAUCUUUUAGAGGUACAGUACCCCUGACUACAGUAAUCCGAACUGCAAGAAAUGUCAGAUUCCUAAUUUUUGAUCUACAGAAUCUACAGUACCUCUUUGAAAAUUCUAAGAGAGCAGGAUGAAGAAGAGUACAGUAAUCAGGAUCUACAGUAAUCUAGAAUCCAAAUCUAGAAAAAAACCUACAGUACCUCUAAACUACAGUAACCGAACUGCAAAAAUUUUGAGAAAAAUUCAGGAAUUUGAUAAUUCUGAUCUACAGAAAUGUUCCAAAACUACAGUACCCCCUAGAUUAUGAGCUACAGUAAUCCUGAGACAAGCUACAGUACUCCGAACUGCAAGAACAUUUUUUUUUUAAAUUACAAAAAAAAAAAGUACAGUAAUCUAGCAGAGCUACAGUAACCCAGAUUGAGCUAGGCUAGGCAUCUACAGUACCCCAAAGCCUACAGUACCCCAAAGCCUACAGUAAUCCAAACUGCAAAAAUAGUUUUUGAUCCCUCCUCCCUCUCAUCACAUUUUUUUUGGGCGCGAAGAAAAUUUUUGGCGCCAAAAUUUUCAGAAUCCCCAGACACCGCUUAUUCAUUUCACCCUGUUGCUGCUUUUUUUUUUGUUUUUGAGAUGUUUUGUCUGACAGAUAUGAGAGAGACGAGAGAGAGUGAGAGACGCAGAGAAAGAGAGAUGUUUUGUGAGUGGUGACGUCAUAAGUUUGAAAAAGUUUGAGGAAAAAGUUAUGAUGAUGUCAUUUUUUUUUUGGAAAAUAUGAGAAAAACAAGCCUUAACGGGCCUAAGAUGGGCUUAGGCCUGAAAAAACUGGGCCUGAGGAUCUAGAGAAGCCUUAGAAGGGCCUAAGAUAAGCCUGACAAUCUAGAGAAGCCUUAGAAUAAGCCUAGGCUUAAAAAAUUGGACCUAGACACUUUGAGCAGCCUAGAAAAUGCCUAAGAUGAGCCUAGCCUGAAUAAAAAUGGGCCUGAAAGUCUAGAGAAACCUAAAAUAGGCCUAGGCUUGGAAAAAGGCCUAAAAACCUCUGGAGAGCCUCUGAAAAGCCUUAGAUAAGGCUAGGCUUUAAAAAGUGCGAAAAAACUCUGGAGAGCCUAAGAUAAGCCUACAAUCAGCCUAGCCUGAAAAACUGGGCCUGAAAAUCUAGAGGAGCCUUAGAAGGGCCUAAGAUAAGCCUAGGAUUCAAAAACUGGGCCUAGACACUUUGAGAAGCCUGGAAAAAGCCUAAAUUAAGCCUACCCUGAAAAACUGAGCCUGAAAGUCUAGAGAAGCCUUCGAAAGGCCUAAAAUAAGCCUAGUCUCAAAAAAAUGAGCCUAGACACUUUGAGAAGCCUGGAAAAAGCCUAAAGGCUCCUUGAAAUAAUUUCAGGCCCAUCAUAGGCUCGUCAAAUUCUAAGGCCCGUUCUAGAAAAUGUUUUUUAUUUUUAGGCUCGUCAAAAACCUGAUAGGCCUUUUCUAGGCUUUCCAACAACCUAUAAGGCUUAAGGCCCUUUUAAAGUCCCCAAAAACUUAAUUUUAGGCUUUCCAAAAUUAUCUAAGACUUAAGGUUGUUUUAAGGCUCAUUUUAGGUCUUGAAAAUGUAUCUAAGGCCCUUCUAGGCCUUAGAUAACAUUCUAAGGCCCUUCCUAGGCUCAUACAAAACAUAAUAGGCCUUUCCUAGGCUCGUAAAUCGCCCCAACUCUCAAAAAUUUGCAGAAUUCGUGCCGAGACCCUCGAUGGUCAAGACAUUCAUCUGGGUUACGGUUUUCUGACCUCCAAACCUUUCCACGAGGACACAGGCUUUGUGGAGAAAAAUAAACCAAAAACGGGCGAUGAUCUGAUAUCGAUUGAAUUGGUCACUAAUACAGGUACAGUACUCCUACAGUACCCGCAAAACUACAGUACUUUUGCAGGUCUAAUGUUGAUCGAGGAGGGCACAAUUAAAGGCACACAGAUUCGUCUCGAGACCAAAUACAAAAAAUCGAUGGCCGGAAUUUGGCGCCAAGAAUUUGCGGCGAGCAAACGACUUUUUAUUUUGGUGACGCCGACGAGUUUGGAGGAACGUGUGAUUAUGGUGGAUUCGAGGGGUGUGAAGAGCAAGUGGUUGAAAAGGUGGGCCUGUCGGGCUUUUUUGGGCUUUAGGCCCGAAAAUCCGGUGAAAAAUGGUGGAUUUUGAGGGGUCUUAGGCUUUUUAGGCUUUUCUUAUGAAUUUAGGGCUUUUCCUAGGAUUUUAGGGCUUUUCCUUAGGAUUUUAAGGUAUUUCUCAAAAUUUUAAGGCCUAACUUAAGUACUUUAGGCUUUCCUUAGGUACUUUAGGCUUUCCUUAGGAUUUAAGAGCUUUUUUAAGGAUUUUGAGGCUUUUCAAAGGAUUUUAAGGGUUUUCUUAGGUUCUUUAGGCUUUUCCUAGGAUUUUAGGGCUUUUCUUAGGUACUUUCAGGCUUUUCCUUAGGAUUUUUAGGCAUUUCUAAGGAUCUUUAGGCUUUUCCAAGGAUUUUAAGGUAUUUCUUAAGAUUUUUAGGCGUUUCUAAGGUAAUUCAGGAUUUUCUUAGGAUUUUAGGGCUUAUCUAAGGAUUUUAAGGCCUAUCUCAGGUACUUUCAGGCUUUUACUAGGAUCUUAAGGCUUUUUCUUAGAUUUGUAAGACCUAUCUUAGGUAAUUAAGGCUUUUCUCAGGUAUUUUAAGGCCUAUCUAAGGCCCAUUUAAGCUGAUUUGCCACGUGGAAAGCUGUCUAGCUUCUCUGCACUCUCUUCAAAUCCUAUACACUCUAAAUGUUUCUUCCUCUGCGUCUCUAACCUUCUCAUAUUCUCUAGCCGUCUAGCUUCUCUCUGCGUCUCUAACUUAUAUUUUCUCUAACCGUCUAGCUUCUCUGCACUCUCUCUAUCUCUAACCCAAAUCUUCUUGCAGAUAUCAAAAAGUGCACGACUACAUGCUGGAUCUGAUUCCAACUCCGCCAGCCAAUCCAAGAAGCCUUUUUAAUUAA